AUCAGUUUCCACCCCGAUUCUCUCUCACUACAAGCCUGAACAUGCAUCUGCUUUUUCUGUUCUUCGCUCCGAAUUCACUGCGAUUUAUGGAGCAGUUUGCAGGUUCAAUUUCCUUUUCCUGAUUAUCACUGAAGCUCAGAUAUCGCUCUAGGCCUAGAGAGAGAAGAAGAAGAAGGAGAUCUCUAGCUCAAUUUCGUGCUUUUUCUGCUUUCAAUAUCAUCUUUCCGGUUAUAGUUCCUGCUUCAACUUGCACCAGGCAUUAAUUCUCCACUUGUCUGAGUUUCUUUCUUCUUAAAGCUAGUAUACAUUAUACAUACUGUAGUGUAAUUCGAAACAGAGAGAGAUCGAGAUCAAGAUCCAUGGCCUCGGGAUCACGAACGCCUUCAUGGAAGGAGAGGGAGAACAACAAGAAAAGAGAGAGGAGACGACGAGCACUAGCAGCGAAGAUCUUCGCCGGACUCCGGAUGUAUGGAAACUACAAGCUACCGAAGCAUUGCGAUAAUAAUGAAGUGCUCAAGGCUCUAUGUAACGAGGCCGGCUGGACCGUCGAGUCCGAUGGCACAACCUACCGUCAGGGAUGCAAACCGCCACCAGAUCGAAUGGAUUUUAUUGGUGGAUCGAUAUCAGCAACAGCAAGCCCUUGCUCAUCGUCUUAUCAUCCCAGUCCAUGUGCUUCUUACAAUCCAAGUCCAACAUCAUCUUCAUUUCCCAGUCCAUCUUCGUCUACUCAUUCAUAUGCUGCUCAUAAUCCAAAUGGAACCUCACUAAUCCCCUGGCUCAAAAACCUCCCAUCCGCUUCCUCCACUAAGUUUCCACAUCCCUACAUCCAUGGUGGAUCCAUUAGUGCUCCUGUCACUCCUCCACUGAGCUCCCCAAGAAUGAACACAAACUGGGAUGGUGGUCAUCGUCAUCAUGAUCAUGAUCAUAAGUCGAUGUUAUUUCCCUCUUCCACUCCACCAAGCCCUGCUGCUGGCCGACAGAGUACUGUACCUGGUUUAGAUUGGCCACCGAAUUCACCCACGUUCAGCUUUGUUUCUUUCAAUCCGUUUGGGUUUAAAGAUAACAGGACGACGAUAACCACAAAUGGAAGUGGUGGGUCGAGCAUGUGGACGCCUGGACAGAGUGGAACUUGCUCUCCGGUGAUUCCUGUUGGGGUUGAAAACAAUGGAGGCCAUGUAAGGGAUGCUGUUAUGUCGGAGGAAUUUGCAUUCGGAUGUACUACUGCUGACGGUCUAGUGAAGCCAUGGGAAGGUGAGAGGAUUCAUGAGGAAUUUGGAUCAGAUGAUCUUGAGCUUACUCUUGGAUGCUCCAAAACCAGGUUAGUUGAUUGACUGAAUCUGAAUCUGAAUCAUCAUCUAUAAUAUGAGGGAAUUCAAAAUCAAGUUAAUUUUAUAAGCUUAUUUAAUUGUUCUUCUAUUUAUGUAUUGAGAAUUUGAGAACCAUCAAUGAAUUACCAAUUUAGUGUUA